AUGAAUGCGCGCACCGAUGUAGCCCGAGUUCCAUAUCCGCAGGAGCAACAUUCGGUACAGGGCGCCAUCCUCAUCGGAACCUUAAUCCUCCAUGCAACAACUGCCUAUCUGGACAUCAACCCCUCUGACGACAUUUUCCUCAUCCCGCACGCUCCCACGACGACUCGUUCCGUCUGCUCGGCGCUUUUGCUGCGGCCUCACACGAGCAUCUCAGCCUCGCAUUUGCUUGUAUCGUUGUCAUCUUGGCGAGCCACGCUCUUGCCUUCGCCCUCUGGCCCUCAGCCAGUCUGCCAACAAGCUCCUCCCCAACAUUCCGCGGCUGUCUGCCGCCCAGAGGUCGACGUGGACCAACUCUUGAACCCUCGUGCCCUCUCGGUUGACGUCUCCGACGGCCCAAGCUCUCCGCAAGCCUCUCGGAGCUCCUCUGAUACGUCGUCUUCGGCACUCAACACUCUCUCUACCUCCGGCCCCAUCGGCAGCUCUGCUAGAGCCCCGGCUACUGCUACGAAUAUAGCGUCUUCAAGUGCAAGCCGAGCUCCCUCGACUUUGCUCCAGCCCCCCUCUCAGAUUCUAGGCCGACGAAGACGACUGUCCUCAGACUACCAGCCAGAAGGCGAGCCUCAUAAUACCCUUCCUGCUGCAGACGCUGGGUCUGCCGCUGCGGACGCAACUGCUGGGAGGCCGCUGAAGCGAAGGCGGCGCGGCGGCGCAGGCAUAAACAUGCUGUCCGACGGGGAUAUGGCCGGAUCACCGAAUGGGUCCGGCAUCGCUCAAUCCAACGGCUCCUUUACUACACCAACAUCGCAGCGGGAUGCGGCGUCUUCUAUGGCAACCAACGGCAGCCGAAAGGCAGGUGUCGUGACAAACGGAUCGUCAAAUGGGGAGAGGCGCUCAUCAUCACAACCUACAACAUACUUUGGACAUAAUCGAGAGGAAGUCACGCGAAUAUUGAUCCAGGCUUUGACAGAUAUGGGCUAUCAGGCGGCGGCUGACAACAUCAGCCAGCAGAGCGGCUACAGUUUGGAGAGCCCCACGGUAGCAGCAUUUCGAUCGGCUGUGCUUGCCGGGUCGUGGGCAGAGGCCGAGGAGCUAUUGAGAGGCGCGACAGUAGCAGAUGAGACAAGCGAAGGGGGCAACGGUCUUGUUCUCACUUCUGGCUCCGACAAGGACGUCAUGCGAUUCUGGCUGCGGCAGCAAAAGUUCCUAGAGCUACUGGAACAGAAGGAUACCACUCGAGCUUUAACGACGCUGCGGGGAGAGUUGACACCCCUGUAUCACGAUACGACCAAACUUCAUUUCCUAUCAAGCUUGUUAAUGUGCCAGUCGACUGAAGAUUUAAUGCAAAAGGCCAGCUGGGAUGGGGCACGUGGACAGUCUCGAAGAAAGCUGCUGUCUGAAUUAUCCAAACGCAUUUCACCAUCCGUAAUGCUGCCGGAGAACCGUCUAGCAGUACUACUUGACCACGUCAAGCAGAGCCAGAUUAAUACGUGUCUCUACCAUACGGCGGCAUCGUCCCCUUCCCUGUAUUCAGAUCACCUUUGUGACCGACGAAACUUUCCCUCUGAAUUUGCCCUGGAGUUGGGCGAUCUUGGGGGAGAGGUCUGGUCUGUCCGAUUUUCUCAUGACGGUACACGUCUGGCCGCCUGUGGGAGCCGAGAGCAUGUCAAAAUAUGGGAUACACAAACCUUUGCCGUCACCCAUGUUCUACCAAAUCACGGAACCGAAGGUGUUGGAGACAUUGCUUGGAGUCCCGACGACUCUAUGAUUAUAACUUGCUCUUUUGAUAAGUACGCUCGUCUGUGGGAUACAAAUACUGGCACCUUGAUCAAGACACUUAGAAAGUUUGCCGAGCCAGUGAGUGGCUGUGUAUGGGCGUCGAACAGUAGAUCAUUUGUUUUGGGAAGCUUAGACAAGGUUCACGGCCUGUGCACCUUUAACGUGUACGACGACGAUAUUAUCGAAUGGAACAAAAAGCAUCGAGUGCAGGACCUCUGCGGUUCCCCCGAUGAGCGUCUGCUGGUGGCAGUGGAUGAUUUACAAAACAUUCACGUCUACGACGCCACUACAAGAGAGCUGGAAUACGACUUGGAGCUAAAAGCGAGGCCAACCUCUGUCAGUAUCAGCCAUGAUUCCAAGCACCUACUAGUAAACAAACAGGACGGCGAGGCUCAGCUGAUUGACCUUGCAACGAGAAAUUCGGUCCACAAGUUUCUGGGCCACACGGGGGGCGAGUUCUUGAUCCGCAGCGCAUUCGGCGGUGCCAACGAGAGCUUCGUCAUGAGUGGGAGCGAAGAUGGCAACAUCCUCAUCUGGCACAAGAACAUUGGAGCCGCUGUUGAACGGUUACAGGGCCAUCAACCGCGAUGCAACGCAGUAGUCUGGAACCCUGCAGAUCCAUGCAUGCUGGCAUCGUGUGGAGAUGAUGGCCGCAUCAAAAUCUGGACCAACAAGGCACGAAGCGUCGAGCUUCGAGCAAGGCAUCUUCGAGGAUCCAAUGGAUGGAGGAGCAUGGGUGACGAGUCGUAG